AAGCCAUGAAAAACAGCAUAAGGUGUUGCAUCUCUUGCAUCCUCCCAUGUGGGGCUUUGGACGUAAUCCGCAUAGUACACUCCAAUGGCAGAGUAGAAGAAAUCAGUGGCACUAUGAAGGCCAGUGAUAUCAUGAAGGCAAAUCCAAAGCAUGUCCUCAAGAAGCCAUGCUCCGAUGAAGAUGGUGGAAGUGGUGGAGUCCCCAAGAUCGUGAUCGUGCCACCUGAUGCAGAGCUCCAACGUGGGAAGAUUUACUUCCUCAUGCCGCUCCCUCCUCCUCCUCCAUCUAUGGAGAAGAACCAGCAGAGAAAGAAGAAGAGGAAGGAACACAGCGAGAGAAGGAACAGCAACAGCAACAGCAACAACAUUUCUAUGGCUAGCUUGAUUGUCUCUGAUCGUUACUUGACUGAAAUACUCUCCGAGAAGGUGUCAACACAAAGAGACAGACGAAGAGGGCGUGUUGCUGUGUGGAGGCCUCACUUGGAAAGCAUUUCAGAGUCACCAUGUGAUCUCUAACUCUUGUUCUUCUACAAGGGUCCUGUCAUGUCCACAUAAUCCUUAUAUUAUAGGGUUCUAAAGAGAUUU